AUGGAUCUUCCCCAUGCGAACCUGGUCCUGGCUGGGCUGGGAACCCUUUCCCGUUCAGCACUGGCCGUUGCUUAUCCCAGGGAUAAUUCUUUCCCCCCCCCUUUUUUUUUUAGGUUUAACAGUAUCCAGGCCAUCUCGGAAACCUCAUUCGCAGGACUGAGCAAGUUGGAGCUGCUCAUGAUCCACAGCAACAACAUUCCCAGUCUCCCUGACGGAGCCUUAGGGGACCUCAGCUCCCUGCAGGUUUUCAAAUUCAGCUACAACAAGCUGCGAGUCAUCACGAGACAGACCUUCCAGGGCCUCCCCGGCUUAAUGCGGCUGCACCUGGACCACAACCAGAUCGAGUUCAUCCACCCCCAGGGUUUCCAGGGCCUGCUGUCGCUGCGGCUCCUCCACCUGGAGGGGAACCUGCUCCACCAGCUGCACCCGGGUACCUUCUCCACCUUCACCUUCCUGGACCACUUCCAGCUGUCCACCCUCCGGCACCUGUACCUGGCGGAGAACAGGCUGCAGCGACUCCCGGAUGGUGUCCUGCAGAGCCUGCCGCUCCUGGAGAACCUGUACCUGCACGGGAACCCCUGGGCCUGCGACUGCGAAAUGGGGUGGUUCCUGGACUGGACGCUACGGUCCAAAGGAAUCCUCAAGUGCAAGAAAGACAAAGCCUACGACGGCGGCCAGUGGUGCCCCACCUGCUCCAGUCCCAGAGAGUUCCGGAAGCGGGAAAUCCUCAAGCUGCCCGACGUGCCCUGCGUGAGGCCUUCCAUACAGUCCGCUCUGAGGCAGAACCACAGCCGGGCGCGGGAGGACGAGGAGGAGGAGGAGGAGGAGGAGGAGGAGCAGGAGGAAGAGCGGCCCUGGGACGGCCCGCUGCGCCCGGAGGACACGGCCCCCGCGUCCCGCUGGAACAUCUCCUUCAACCUGACGGACGAACACGGCAACGCGGUGCUGCUGCGCUGCGCCAUCCGGAAGCCGGCGGGGCUGCCCGGCCUCCACCUGAACCAGACCGAGCCCGCGCAGAUCGACAUCAACCCGACCGUCCACGUGCAGCUCGACCGGCGCCGCAGCUCAGCCCAGAAGGUCCUGCUGUCCUACUCUGCCCGGUAUUCACAAACCAUCUCGGCCGAAGACAGGGCGCAGAGCAGGAGCUGGGUCCUGAUCGAGUCGGGAGGCGCGGCUCACAGGGCGCACACCUUCCUGGAAGGGGCGCCCGGCCAGCUCAGCUGCCGCGUGAGGGCCUCGGAGAGCCCGUCCAUCUCCUGGGUGCUGCCCGACGGCUCUGUCCUCAGGGCGCCCUCACGGGAGCCCGAGGGCAGAUUCUCCGUCCUGAGCGGCGGGUGGCUGAAGAUCGGCACCGUGCAGCGGUCGGAUGCGGGUCUGUACCGGUGCGUGGCCGCCGUGCGGGACGAGGUCGACCAGAUGGCUUUCCGGGUCUUCGUCCAGGUCCCCACCAUCCAGUUCCCCGAGGGUUCUGUGGUGACCAUCGAGAAGGACGCCGGGGAACCGGUCACACUGCCGUGCAGCCCUUCAGCUGUGCCCGAAGCCCAUCUCAGCUGGAUCCUCCCCGAUAAGAAGAUCGUGGACGCCUCCGCCAACGCGUCCCACACCUACGUGCUGGCCGACGGGAGCCUCUCCAUCCCCAACUUUGCGGAGGACGAGGGCGGCUCGGGAGUGGGAGGUGAGGGGGGCCCACCCGGGAGGACGCGCCAUCCCAAGGACCAAGGCAUCCUCAUCCAGGCUGAGCGGGAGGCCAGCGCGGGGGCCACAGCGCCUAAGAAGGGGCGGAGAAAACUGAGGCUGUCGAAGCCCACGGAGGAGAAAGACCCGGAGAGCAACGUUGCCGAGGGUCGCAGGGUGUUUGAAUCCCGGCGCAGGGUCAACGUGGCCAACAAGCAGAUCAACCCCGAGCGCUGGGCGGACAUACUGGCCAGAGUGCGUGGGAAAAACCUCCCCAAGGCCACAGGAGUCCCCCAGGACGUGGUCACUGCCACACUUCCAUCUGAGAGUCCAGAAGGGACGUCCCUGUCCCCGGGGGGGUUUCCACCGUCCGAGCCACCCACGCGGGAGGCCCUGGACCCAGAGGAGUCCUCGGCCCAGGCAUCUCUCUCUGGUGAAGAGGAGCAGGAUUCCGGUACCCUCUCCUCCCCCGGGAUGGGACAGGAACACGGCCACAGCUCAGUUCUCCCUGAGCCGUGGGUCACAAGCCCCAGUCUGGAAGACACAGGGACUGGAAGAGACUUUGCGGGGAUGACCGAGGCCGUCGCUCCGAAUGAAAUGGUCCUGCAGUGGCAGCUGGCCCCCACCCCCGGAUCUGAGGCCUACGAGACUCCUACGGCGAGGAACUCAGAGGGGCCGAGCGGCGGCCAGACGGCCACAGAAGCUGGGUCUCUGCCAGCAGACCUGGAACCCAUCGCACAACCCAGUAGAAGGGAGGAAGAGCCUCCGCUGGACGUGGCCUCCUUGGCUAAGUCCCAGACCGUGAACUCUUUCCACCCGGAGCUGGAGACUCAUCCACCCCCGGGCGCAGGGGAGGAGACUUUGGAAGACACCCCUCCCACCAGCCCUGCCAGCUCGCAGGUCCCAAGUGCACCCCCGGAGUCGCUCAAAGGAGACUCUUCAGCGGAACGCGAUGUCACAGCCAGGUCUCCUGUACCGGAGAAAACGGACAGUGCCUGGCCGGGGAAAAAGACCUGGGCCACUGAGCGGGCUCCGUUCGGGACAAAAGUCAUGGAGAAGAAGUUUUGGGGCGAGAGCUCCCCCUCCGGACGCCCCCAGAGGGAAGAGCAGGACAGCACCAGCUCCGGCGCCCUGGAAGCUGUGAGCACCACCUCUCCAUCUGCGUGGCCCUGGACUGUCCCACGGGGGCCACUGCCGGACCGAGGAGUCACCACGGGAGCCACAAAGACGCCAAGCCCGUCGGCCCCUCCCUUGCCAUCCACUCAGCCCUCCCGAAGGAGACCCAGCGGACGGAGGAGACUCCGGCCCCAUAAAUCUCGCCAACGCCAGAAACCAAGCCCCCCAACACCCUUCUCCUCUGUGGCCUCAUCGACCCCAGCUCCAACCUCUCCGCUGUCCCAGACACAGACUUCAAAGGCAGCCUCAGGUUCCGCGGUUGCCAGCGCUUGGGUAGAUGAGCGGCUGAACACGGACAAGGCACCGGAAUCCGCCUCGCGCAGAAGAGGAGGGAAAAGGCCCCAUCCGCGUCGGCCCAGCACCCCGGCUCCGCUGGGCUCCAGGCGGCCCGUGUCCAAGGCCAGCUCCUCUCCUGAAACCGGCCCUUCCGGCCCAGAAACUCUCCUUCCACUGUGGGAAAGCACGGGCCCAGACGUGCCGACGAGACCGGACGGGUCCGUGACGGCCGCCCCCGAAACAGCCGCAACUCCGCGCAGAGUCCAGGGGACGACGCCGGUCACUGCCCGACCUGCAGCAGAUGGAGAGGCCGUGGCAGGGGACCGCGACGGCGCCCGUGGUGACAGCGGUGGAAAAGACGGUGAGCUGCUGGCCGGGACGGAAUCCUCCACCCCGGCCCCCUGGGUCUCCACCCUGGGGGAACCCGAGGCUGGGUCUCCCGGAAGUACGAGCUGGCACCUCCCCAGCACAGCCCCUCCCGGGACCGGCCUAGGGGAGCACUUUCCAGACCCAGCGCUCUUCGGGGAGCCGGAGGGUCCCGAUGCCGCCUCUCACUCCGCACCUGCUGCGCCACUGUCCACCUCCGUCCCAUGGGGAGAAAUCGGGGUUCUCACCACCUUCUCCAGUGCAACGGUGGAGCAGUCUGCGGCUCAGGCAGAAACCACCCCCAGUGGCUGGGUCACUCGGGAAAGCACGGUGGGCCGCGUCCCUUCUGAAACGAGACCACAGGACCCCCUCCCCACGCCUGCCCAGGUGGAGGAGCCGGCCGCCUCCCUCUCACCUAGGGCGCCUGCGUCCUUGGAUCCCACGGCCCUGAUGCCAACACCUCCAGCAGGGGCCGCUCCCAGGCAAGACCUUUUGUCGAAUUCUGUGGGAAACCCAGGCACCAAAGCACCGCUAGAGAGCACAGAGGGACCUCAGCAUGAAGGGAGACCCAAGGAACUGGCUACCCCUCCUCCCAAGCCGGAUGGACCGGAGGCGUCUGCCAAGCGAGAGUGGGCAGAGAGAGGACUGGACGGCAGGACCAUGAACAGCCCACCGCGUGGGCCAGGGAGUCACCGUCCACGUGAGCAAGUCCACACCGCCCGCCCGCCAGCCCCAGACCCGACCAGACCCACCCCCCCAAGGGGAACGCCGAGGCCGCCUCUCGGGGCCACAGAAAGCUCCGUUAGAUACUUUACGACGUCCCAACCACCCCGUCGCGCCACCGGCCAGCCGGAGAUCCCUGCGUAUCCCUCCCGCCUUCUCCCAGACGGCGAGCCGGCCACGACUCCACCGUUACCCAGCACGAUGCCAGGCGUCCCCUUGCAGCCGUUCAAACCCAGCAUCUCCAGCGGGUUUCCCAGCCAAAGAACAACCCAGUUCAAUGGGUACCCCAGAAUCUCCGGGCACAAUGACAUUCCCAAGCCGAGAAUCCCCGCCCACGAGCUCCCAAAGCCCAGCCUAUCUCCCUAUCACGCGGGCGGGAGACUCUCUGUCUUUAUCAACAGGAUCUUUUCUGUCCCACGGCUGGGAGUCACGCUGACGCCCCAGACGUCCACCUCCCCCGCCCCGGUAACGAGAGAAACAAAAGUCACCCCCGGUCCCUACCGUAGGUUUCCUUCUCAGAACUUUCUUCACAUGGACCUGGGGCCUCCAGCACCCCCGGGAUUGCAGCCGCCCCGCACCACGUCACCCCCGUGGCCUCGGUUUCAGAAGGUGCCCCCGGUCUCCACCACCCAGAGCCCCACCUUCCCGGUGACAGCCGCCGGCCAAUCCCCGGGAAGUCCCCAUCACAGCGCCCCAAGGGUCUCUGCCGGGGGACCGCCUGUGCCCGGAUUCUGGACUCUUGGAGAAAAGCCACAAAUCGUCACCAAGUCCCCCCAGACUGCGUCUGUCACUGCCGAGACAGAUGCCACGUUCCCCUGCGAGGCGACGGGGAAACCCAAGCCCUUCAUCACCUGGACGAAGGUUUCCACAGGUGCCCUGCUGACCCCCAACACCCGGGUCCAGCGCUUUGAGGUCCUGCAGAACGGGACCCUGCUCAUCCGCCGGGUUCAGGUGCAAGACCGAGGCCAGUACCUGUGCACGGCCAGCAACCUGCACGGCGUGGACAAGAUGGGGGUCCUGCUGUCGGUGGAGGUGCAGCAGCCCGAGAUCCUCGCCUCUCGGUUCCAGGACGUCACGGUCUACCUGGGCGACACCAUCGCCAUGGACUGCCUGGCGCAGGGCAGCCCGGUGCCCCAGAUCUCCUGGAUCUUCCCUGACCGGAGGGUGUGGCAGACGGCGUCGCCCGUGGCGGGCAGGGUCACCCUGCACCGGAACCGGACCCUGUCCAUCCGAGACGCCUCCUUCGCCGACCGGGGCGUGUACAAGUGCGUGUAUGGCGGGACCCUGCGGCUGCACUGCGGAGCCUCGGGGGACCCCUGGCCGCGCAUCCUGUGGCGCCUGCCGUCCAAGCGGAUGAUCGACGCACUCUUCAGCUUCGACAGCCGAGUGAGGGCCUUCGGCAACGGGACCCUGGUGGUGAGAUCCGUGACGGAGAAGGACGCCGGCCACUACCUGUGCGUGGCCAGGAACGAGGUGGGCGACGACCACGCGACCCUCCAGGUCCACGUGGUCAUGAAACCCGCCAAGAUCGAGCACAGCGGGGACGAGGCCCACAAGGUCGUGCGCGGCGGGGGCGACUUGAAAGUGGACUGCGUGGCCACCGGGCUGCCCAGCCCCGAGAUCUCCUGGGGCCUGCCGGACGGGAGCAGGGUCAAUGCCCUCAUGCAGUCGGACGACGGGGCCCUGCCGGAGGGCGUCGUGCUGCCCGCCCCGUACCACGGCCACCGCGUCACCGUGCACAGCAACGGCUCCCUGGACAUCCGUAGCCUGCGGAAGAGUGACUCGAUGCGGCUGGUGUGCAUGGCGCGCAGCGAGGGAGGAGAAGCCAGGAUGGUGGUGCAGCUCACCGUGCUGGAGCCCGCGCAGAAGCCCGUCUUCCACGACCCCGUGAGCGAGAAGAUCACGGCCACGGCCGGCCACACCAUCAUGCGGGAGGCCUCGGUGCUGGACAGGGGCACCUACACCUGCCGGGUGCAACAGGAGCCCGGUCCCUCCGCCGCCCUGAGCGUUCCGGUCAUCGUGGUCGCCUACCCUCCCCGCAUCACCAGCGAGCCCACGCCCGUCAUCUAUGCCCGGCCCGGGAGCACAGUGAGGCUCAGCUGCCUGGCCGUGGGGGUCCCCAAGGCUGAGGUGUCCUGGGAGCUGCCCGAUAAGUCGCACCUGAAGGCGGGAGCCCAGCCCCGCCUCUACGGAAACCGGUUCCUGCACCCUCAGGGAGCGCUGACCAUUCAGCAGGCCACGCAGAGGGACGCCGGCUUCUACAAGUGCACGGCCAAAAACAUCCUGGGAACGGACUCCAAAACCACCUACAUCCACAUCUACUGAGCUGGCCGCGGGCCGGGACAAGGUGCACGGGGCUCGGCUCUUCAGGAAGGGGCCACGGGAUGCCACUGUGGAAGGAAACCCGGGGCUUGGGCUUUGGCGGCCACCGGGACACCCAGGUGGGAAUCCUCGCCUGCCCCUCGGUGGGUUCCAAGUCGGGCUCCACUUUGACUUGAGCUCCUCGGAAUUCCAGUGCAGGUCAACUCUGAUUUCAGCUCCUUGGGACUGAAGUUGGAGUCGGCCUCCUGAGCUGUUUCGGUGUUGAAAAGAUGCAGAUCUUGACCUCAGCCCCUCAAGGGAGAAUUAGAGGUCAGUACUGACCAACUCUUGGGUUUCAAGUUGAAACCUGCAACCAGGCUUCUUGAGCGGUGAAGGUUGAUCCCGACCUAGACAUUUUGGGCUGCACUUUGAGCUUGACCUUGAGGUCCUCCGGCCUUCAGGAGAAGAUGCACCACGCGCUAGAACUGAGGUCAACCUUGACCUCAAGCUGCGUGGGUUUUCAGAUGAGAUUCAGUUUGUCCCGGGCUCCUUGGGUUUCAGGAUGGGCUUAAGCUUCACCUCUCGCCUGGCAUCGCCUGGGAGACCGGGUCCAGCUGCGAUUUCUGCUUUUUUGCAAACAUCACUCAGCUGUCCUCUCCGGCGUGUGCAGGAUUCUUCGCCAGCGGCUUUAAGGAAACCGUCACAGCGAACAGUGCCUGCACACCCCACAGAAGAUGGCUUUCGUGUGACAGAAAAUUCUACAACAACUCAUCUCUCCCUUGAUGUCUUCCGGAGCUGCGAACCUCCAGUGUGUCCAACAAGGUCCCGAGACCACAGUGAUCAUUAUUUCUGUUUAAACCCCCACUUCCGUGCUUUACGACUCACAUUUUAGAUGAAAGAACUCUUUCUUCCCGGAGGUCACUUUUUAUAUACUGUUAUACAUAAAUAUAUUUUUGUUCUUUCUAAUGAGACGGUGAGACAAGCAAGGGAAACGCUUUCUGUCUCAUUAAAAAAUAAUAAAUUAUUGGUCUUUACAAGACUUGAGUAAAUUACGGCAGAUAUGGAAUUGCAAUUAAUAAAAAACUCAACUUUCUCUCUAAUCUCCUUCAAAUUCAAUAACCACCCUUGUCUUCCUUUUUUCCCGGGUGGGGAUAUUGAACAUCCUUGCACGUAAAGUUAAUGUAGAAAGCUGUGGUCUGGGAUACCGAGGGUUUGGGCGGGAGGAGGAGUGGAAAGACAAAGCUAAGUCGUGGUCUCACCAAUCCGAGCACAGAACCUUCCAGAACAGCCUGGCAGCUUCGCUGGAGGACGGAGCCCUCUGGGGGGGUCCUAGGGACGUCCCUCCCUCCUCACCUGCAGCAAGAGAGCUGCCGUUCUCACGCUUGCUCUCCCGGACUCUGAAGCUCCCCUUACUGG